UCGGUAACCGUAAACUUCAAGAUUAAAAUGUUACUUAGAAUACUUGUGCCUAUAUUAAACCCCCUCAAAAAUGGAGGGAUUCGGCGGACAGCACAUGUGUUUACACGUUCUGCAUCGAGUCUGUCAUCGCAGGCAAUAAUGUACUCUAAACAAGGUGAUCCUAACUCGGUGCUAUAUCUGGAAAACAGUCAGAUAUUGCCAGCCCUGAAAGACAAUGAAGUGCUGGUGAAAAUGAAAAUGGCACCAAUCAAUCCUUCUGAUAUUAACAUGAUCGAAGGGACCUACCAUAUGCUACCAGAACUUCCAGCUGUCUGCGGGAACGAGGGGGUCGGUGAGGUUUUGGAGGUAGGGAAAGGUGUGUCUAGCUUCUGUCCUGGAGACUGGGUAAUCCCUGCAGGUACUGGUUUUGGAACCUGGAGGACUUUCGCAGUGUCCACUCAAGAUAUGCUAAGAAAGGUUCCAAAUGAUGUACCUGCAAUCAGUGCUGCCACAAUUAUGGUCAAUCCUUGUACAGCUUACCGAAUGCUAAAGGACUUUGUCUGUUUACAUGAAGGUGACAUUGUGAUUCAGAACGGUGCAAAUAGUGCUGUUGGUCAAUCAGUUAUUCAGAUAGCAAAGGAGUGGGGAUACAAAACUAUCAAUGUUGUAAGAAACAGACCAGACUUUGAUCAACUUGCAGAGUACCUUAAAGGUUUAGGAGCCACCCAUGUGGUUACAGAGGAGUUUUCUCGAUCUCAUCAAAUGAGAGACUUGAUCAAAUCAAUGCCAUGUCCCCCAAAAUUAGCAUUCAACACAGUAGGUGGUGAUAGUGCAACAAAUCUUCUCAAACAUUUGGACAGCAAAGGUGUAAUGGUGACAUAUGGAGGAAUGUCCAAAAAACCAGUGGUGGUAUCUACAGGAGCCCUUAUUUUUAAGAGGGUGAGGCUAACUGGCUACUGGAAUGCUAAAUGGGUGCAAGAGAACAAGGAAAACCCAGAACUUGUGAGGAUGUUUGAUGAUCUGUUUGACUUAGUCAGAGAACGCAAGCUUUUGCCACCAUCCUCAGAAACAUUUUCUCUGUCUGAUUUCAAGCUAGCAGUCAAAUCCUCCCUGGAGGGCUAUAAAGGAAGCAAGAAAAUUUUCCUCAUGGAUGAUUCUUCCUCCUGAUAUUAUUUUGUUAAAAAAAUAGUAAAUGGGUAUAUAUUAGUAAAACAUCUCAUGUGUCAAGUAUUAAAGCACUUUAAUUUAGGAAUAU